UUCAUCAUGUGAGUUACGUUAGAAUCAGGAGGCUUGAUGGGAGUCGCGUGAUUGUAUCCUCAUCGGACUAUUUUUGUUGUAACACGCAGCAGGAUUCUAACAUGUCGAGCUCUUACAAAAACAGGAUCCAGGAGUUCAAGGUAGCGCUGAGUGAAGACAAGAUUGAGUUGAAGUCUCUCAGAGAACUGUGUUUCAGCGGAAUCCCAUUUGAAGGAGGCAUUCGAGCACUCUGCUGGAAAAUUCUUCUGAACUACCUGCCUUUGGACCAGACAACAUGGGACUCAUUUCUCAAAAAGCAGAGGGAGGGGUACUCCCACUUCCUGAGGGAGAUGAUCAUCCAGCCGGGCAUCGCCAAAGCCAACCUUGGGCUGUUCCGGGAGGACGUCACCAUGGAGGACCACCCCCUCAACCCAAACCCCGACAGCAGGUGGAACAACUACUUCAAAGACAACGAGGUUCUCCUGCAGAUCGAUAAAGAUGUCAGGCGUCUGUAUCCAGACAUGGCGUUCUUCCAGCGGCCGACAGACUACCCCUGCCAGCUUAUCCUCGACCCCCAGAACGAGUAUGAGACCCUGAGGCGCAGGGUGGAGCAGACCACCCUCAAGGCCCAGACGGUGGACCGCACCCGCAGUGGAGUCACCAACAUGAGCUCUCCAGGCAAGGCCCUCCACCUGUACCCCUCUAAUGAGUACUCCGUGCUGCCCCGCGGCUUUGAGGCGCACUGGGAGGUGGUGGAGAGGAUCCUCUUCAUCUACGCCAAGCUCAACCCUGGCAUCGCCUACGUCCAGGGAAUGAACGAGAUUGUGGGGCCCAUCUACUACACCUUCGCCACAGACCCCAACGAUGAGUGGAAAGAACAUGCGGAGGCAGACACCUUCUUCUGUUUCACCAACCUGAUGUCAGAGAACAGGGACAACUUCAUAAAGAGCCUGGACGACUCCCAGUGUGGCAUCACCUACAAGAUGGAGAGUGUUUAUUCCAUGCUGAAGGACAAGGACAUGGAGCUCUAUCUCAAACUGCAAGAGCAGAACAUCAAGCCUCAGUACUUCACGUUUCGCUGGCUAACUCUGCUGCUGUCCCAGGAGUUCCUGCUCCCUGAUGUCAUCAGGAUCUGGGACUCACUGUUCUCCGACCAGGACCGCUUCAACUUCCUCAUCCUGGUCUGCUGCGCCAUGCUCACAUUGAUCCGUGAUCAGCUACUGGUUGGAGACUUCACCAUCAACAUGAGGCUGCUGCAGGACUACCCCAUCUCUGACGUCCACACCAUCCUGACCAAGGCCAAGGAGCUGCAACUGGGCUCCUAGCGGUCGUCCCCCACCGAGCCGGCCCGGAGGGAGGAGCCUGGAAGCUGGUAACUAGAGCUGACAGGCCCCCAGUGCAUUCUGGGAGGGGGAGUUGCACUCGGUCCCAGGUUCACCAUCAGAGUACACAAACCUCCUUCCCCCUGGAGACAGCCUUGUUUAUGUUUGCACUCGGGCGGGGGGGGGGGAGACGGGGGCUGGGGGGGGCACCUGAGCACAGUUCAGGAAGAGGACUGUCUAGAAUAACGUCCAUAGACUUCCCUCUUCAUCCCAGGUAGUGGACAGAUCCAACAUGGCCGUCUUACUGGCCUGUGUGGUGUCACGUCUUUGGAAGAUCUCUCUUUUAAAUAUAUUGGAAAUGUACUUUUUUGCUUCAUAAAUGUUAACUUUUAUUCAUUGUGACAAACCAGGAAGGAGGAUAAGAGGGUAGGAGGGCAGUAGGGUAGGAGGGCAGUAGGGUAGGAGGGC